UAAUGCUGUACGUUUCGAACGAACCUGUUAAAAAAUUUACCAGUGGACAAAAGUGCAAAUGUCUGUGAAACAGUAAACAUAAAAACUUGUGUGAUCGGAAAAUCGAUGUGCCGUUAACUAUAGAGUUUUCCUCAGGGCGCUUUUUUAGCGUCACACAAACCCUUGAGGAAAAGUUUCAUUGACGAGUCCGAUAGUAAUCGUCAAAGAUUGACUCCGUGUGGGGCUGGGCUUCGCCCCCGCUGCGCUUGCAGCUGGGUAACUCUCGCGCUCUCAAAAGGAUGGGCGAGGGCGGGUCGCCCGGUGGGGGCGGCGUCGGCGUCGGCGUCGGCGGCGUCGGCGGCGCGCGGCUCUCGCACACGUCGGAGAAGCACCCGCGCGCCAUCCUCGGCGAGCUGUCCGCGCUGCGCCGCCACCGCGAGCUGUGCGACGUGGUGCUCAACGUGGCCAACAGGAAGCUGUUCGCGCACAGAGUGAUCCUGUCAGCAUGCAGCCCGUACUUCCGCGCGAUGUUCACGGGCGAGCUGGCGGAGUCGCGCGCCACCGAGGUCACCAUCCGCGACGUCGACGAGCAGGCCAUGGAGCAGCUCGUCGAGUUCUGCUACACCGCGCACAUCGUCGUCGAGGAGAGCAACGUGCAGGCGCUCCUCCCGGCCGCGUGCCUGCUCCAGCUGCAGGAGAUCCAGGACGUGUGCUGCGAGUUCCUGAAGCGGCAGCUGGACUGCAGCAACUGCCUCGGCAUCCGCGCCUUCGCCGACACGCACUCCUGCCGCGAACUGCUGCGCAUCGCCGACAAAUUCACGCAACAGAACUUCCCUGAAGUAAUGGAAAGCGAAGAGUUCCUCUUACUGCCGGCGGCGCAGCUGAUCGACAUCGUGUCGUCGGACGAGCUUAACGUGCGCUCCGAGGAGCAGACCUUCCAGGCCGUCAUGUCCUGGGUCAAGUACAACGUGGCCGAGCGCCGCCAGCACUUAGCACAGGUCCUCCAACACGUGCGGCUACCGCUGCUCAGCCCGAAGUUCCUAGUGGGCACGGUGUCGUCCGAGCUGCUGAUCCGCUCGGACGACGCGUGCCGCGACCUGCUGGACGAGGCCAAGAACUACCUGCUGCUGCCGCAGGAGCGGCCGCUCAUGCAGGGCCCGCGCACGCGCCCGCGGAAACCCACACGGCGAGGCGAAGUGUUAUUCGCCGUCGGUGGCUGGUGCUCGGGAGACGCGAUCGCGUCUGUCGAGCGCUUUGAUCCACAAACUGCUGAAUGGAAGAUGGUGGCGCCCAUGUCUAAACGGCGAUGUGGCGUGGGCGUAGCGGUUUUACAUGACUUGCUGUAUGCCGUAGGCGGCCAUGAUGGCCAGAGCUACCUCAACAGCAUCGAGCGAUACGACCCGCAGACUAACCAGUGGUGCGGCGCGGUGGCGCCCACAUCUUCCUGCCGCACGUCGGUGGGCGUGGCGGUGCUUGAAGGCGCGCUGUACGCGGUGGGCGGCCAGGACGGCGUGCAGUGCCUCAACCACGUCGAGCGCUACGACCCCAAGGAGAACCGCUGGACCAAGGUGGCGGCGAUGACGACGCGGCGGCUGGGCGUGGCGGUGGCGGUGCUGGGCGGCCAGCUGUACGCCGUGGGCGGCUCCGACGGGCAGGCGCCGCUCAACACCGUCGAGCGCUACGACCCGCGCGCCAACAGAUGGACGCCCGUGGCGCCCAUGGCCACGCGGCGCAAGCACCUGGGCGCGGCCGUGUUCGACGGACACAUCUACGCCGUCGGCGGCCGCGACGACUGCACAGAGCUGUCCUCCGCCGAGAGAUACGAGCCCAGCACAGACACAUGGUCCCCAGUGGUGGCGAUGACGUCACGGCGGAGUGGCGUCGGGCUAGCGGUGGUGAAUGGGCAGCUAUACGCGGUGGGCGGCUUCGACGGCACGGCCUACCUCAAGUCUAUAGAGGUAUUCGACCCGGAGUCGAACCAGUGGCGGCUGUGCGGCGCCAUGAACUACCGGCGGCUCGGCGGCGGCGUCGGCGUCAUGCGCGCGCCGCACCACGAGAACCAUUACAUAUGGAACCGCAAAGACUCGGUGGUGUGAGCCGCCUGUACAUUACCCUCCACUCCUAGCAGUUAAGCCGUUACUCAUUUACUUUAUUGUUAAUAUUACUAUUACAUACAUACUUGAAUAUUUAUAAAUAAAUGAAAAUACAAAUUUUAGAAUAUA